UGUCAAUAUAUCCAGGUCUGUAUCCGGACUAACACUGCGUGUCUUCAGAACUUAAACAGUAUAAAAAUCAAUCCAGCUAUUAAGAGACGACGGGCCCAGGCACAUAGACAAGGAAAAGACCGCCGUCCUGCUACAUUCUUUGACCGGUGUGACCGUGAUAAAGUUGUUAAAUCGCAUUCCACGUGGUGUUAAAAAAAGCUGUUAACACAAUUAGGUGACCACUGCAGAGGCCAAGUGUGACCCAGCAGAUGGACCUAUAGUCAACGCGACGGUGUUUUCAGUUUAUUCGGCAUAACCGGGGUGACACAGUCCGCUGUGUUGACUGGUCCGUUAGCCGGUAGCCGCCAGCCGCUCUGUGUUUUCUUUGGUUGCUGUUAGCAGCAAGAUGGCGGCUUCCGUCCCAGAGCAGAACCCCUCUGCUUUGCAUAUAUAACACCGGCUCGCAGUCUCCACAGUACUCCGCCAUAUCGAUGCAUGUGGCAGCCGUGCAGUGCACUAGCCGCCGCUGGAUCUGUGUUUGUGUUGGUCUGUGUCCGCCUGAGCAGCUACCGGCGGCUUUCCACUGACUCCGCACAGCGUUCACCGGAUAAAAUGGCGGACUGGCCGCUGCAGUCUGCGGGCUAGCGAACAGCACCGAUGUUCCUCUCUGUGCCACCGGCUUGGUCUGUGCUCUAGGCCGGUUCUUCAGUCUGGGUCUGUGCCGUAGGCCGGUUCUCCAGUGUCUGAUAAACAUUACCAACACUUGGACAGACGCUGACCACUGCCCGCAGAGUUAGCCAAGGCUAAUUAGCCACGGAGCUAGUUAGCGGGCUAAUGCUAAUCCCGCGCUGUUAGCGAACGGGAGAGGAUUUAAACUUUUGACACAACUCUCGACUGAACUUGGAUUAUUCUCCCUCACUGGGGACGGGGAGGAACGGAAUCUGACAGUGGCGUCAUGGCAUCCGAACCCGCGAUCCCUGCGGUACUGCAGCCCCGCUGGAAGCGCGUCGUCGGCUGGACCGGGCCGGUGCCGCGGCCCCGGCAUGGACAUCGAGCCGUGGCCAUCAAGGAACUGAUGGUGGUUUUUGGCGGAGGGAACGAGGGGAUUGUGGACGAGCUGCACGUCUACAACACAGCCACCAACCAGUGGUUUAUCCCUGCGGUCCGCGGUGACGUCCCCCCAGGCUGUGCCGCCUACGGCUUCGUGUGUGACGGGACCAGGCUGCUGGUGUUCGGUGGGAUGGUGGAGUACGGCAAAUACAGCAACGACCUGUACGAGCUACAGGCGAGUCGUUGGGAGUGGAAACGUCUGAAGGCCAAAGCUCCAAAGAACGGCCCCCCCCCCUGCCCCCGCCUUGGACACAGCUUCUCUCUGAUUGGCAGCCGCUGCUACUUGUUUGGAGGACUGGCCAAUGACAGCGAAGACCCCAAGAACAACAUCCCCAGGUACCUGAACGACCUGUACUGUCUUGAGCUGCGUCCGGGCUCCAGCGUCGUCGGCUGGGAGAUCCCGCUGACGUUGGGUCAGCCGCCGCCGCCCAGAGAGAGUCACACGGCCGUGGUGACGAGCGGCCGCGGAGCCAACAAACUGAUCAUAUAUGGAGGGAUGAGCGGCUGCAGACUGGGAGACCUGUGGGUCCUUGACAUAGACUCUCUGACCUGGAGGAAACCAGCCCUCAGUGGAACCGCCCCCCUCCCCCGCAGCCUGCACUCUGCCACCACCAUCAACAAUAAGAUGUAUGUGUUUGGAGGUUGGGUUCCUCUGGUGAUGGAUGACGUUAAAGUGGCGACGCAUGAGAAGGAGUGGAAGUGUACCAACACGCUGGCCUGCCUCAACCUGGACACGAUGUGUUGGGAGAUGGUCCUAAUGGACAGUCUAGAGGAGACCAUCCCCAGGGCUCGAGCAGGUCACUGCAGUGUGGGCAUCAACUCCAGACUCUACAUCUGGAGCGGCAGGGACGGAUACAGGAAGGCCUGGAACAACCAGGUGUGCUGCAAGGACCUCUGGUACCUUGAAACAGAGCGUCCCUGUGCUCCCUCUCGGGUGCAGCUGGUCCGGGCUAACACGUCGUCUCUGGAGGUGAGCUGGGGGCCAUCGCAGACCGCAGACACUUACCUGCUGCAGCUGCAGAAGUACGACAUUCCUGCUACACCUGCAACCACCUCACCUGCCUACAGCCCCUCCCCCAACCCCAUCCCCACUGCCACACCUGGAGCCGGCGCCUCCAAGAGCCCUACCCCCAUCGCCGUGGCACCUGCCAACCAGCCCGUUCCGCUGUCCGGCAUCACGCUGGUCCCAUCCCCAACUGCCUCUGUACCUGGAAGCCCAUUGGCUGCUGCUGCUAAAGCACCAGCUGUCAUGAAGGUGGCAGCCGCUGCAGGUGCAGCGGGCGGAGCCUCCCUCAUCACAGUGAGACAGGCCGUGCCCAAAUCCCCGGUUGCCGUGACAACACAUCCAGCUGGUGUUCGUAUGGUGGUACCUGCUCAGGCCGGACAGGGGAUGCCAAUAGGCAGCAGUACUCAGAUGAGCGGUAUGGCGGCGUUAGCGGCGGCGGCUGCUGCGACGCAGAAGAUCCCGCCGUCCUCGGCGACGGUGCUGAACGUCCCUGCAGGAGCUACGAUUGUAAAGACGGUGGCCGUCAGUCCAGGAUCCAGCAGUCUGCCAGUCAAAGUGGCAGCUCCUGUUGCCAUGGUGAGCAACCCGGCCACUCGGAUGUUAAAGACGGCCGCUGCUCAGGCGGGCGGGGCCUCGGUAGUCUCCGCUCCCGGGACCCCCAACCGACCAAUCAUCACGGUCCAUAAGUCGGGCACGGUGACGGUCUCCCAACAGGCUCAGGUGGUCACCACGGUGGUGGGCGGAGUCACAAAGACCAUCACUCUCGUUAACAGUCCACUCAGUGUGGGAGGAGGCGGGGCACUGGUGAGUGAUGUCACCUGCUGGGUGCGACUCCACACCUGUGUGUUCGUCUUUACAGACCUGACGACAUCAGUCCUGCCUCUGUUUCAGAUCAGUAACCUGGGGAAGGUGGUGUCAGUGGUCCAGAACAAACCAGUUCAGAGUGGAGCGGUUACUGGUCAGGCUGGGAGCAGCCCCAUCACCCAGAUCAUCCAGACGAAGGGCGCGCUCCCAGCAGGAACCAUCCUGAAGCUGGUGACAUCAGCAGACGGUAAACAGGCCACCAUCCUCAGCACCACGCAGGCCGGGUCCACACCGACCAAACCCACCAUCCUGGGCGUCGCCCCGACAACAUCCAAGCCUGGAACCACCAUCAUCAAGACCAUCCCAGUGUCUGCGCUGCAGGGGGGCGCAGGUGCAGGUGGUAACAAUCCAAUCACCAUCCUGACCACCAAGGUGGUGUCUCCAGGAACUGUGGGAAAAAUCAUCACCACUGUCCCCAAAAUCACUGCGGGCAGUCAGCAGGGGGUCACACAGGUGGUGUUGAAAGGAACUCCAGGUACACCUGGUACCAUCCUCAGGACCGUCCCGAUGGGCGGAGUCAGACUGGUGUCACCGGGAGCUGCCGGUUCCAAACCCACCGUCACCACACUGGUCGUCAAGGCAACCACAGGGGUGUCCAGUCUGGGGACAGUAACAGGAAGUGUUACCACCUUUGCAGGUGGAGCCGUCACUGCCGCCAAAGCCUCUCUUGCAACGCCCAACUCCACCCUGGCAACCAUUGCUACACUGGCCAGCCAGGUUACCACGCCAACCGCUGCUGCAGCAGGACCCAAACAGGUGACUCUGAUCACAACUCCGAGUGGUGCUGAAGCUCAGCCGCUGGUCCAGGAUCUGCCUGUCUCCAUCAUGGCUUCUCCUACUGCAGAGGAGCCUGGAAGUACUACAAGUACUACUACUACUGUAGAAGGAGAGGCUGGAGAUAAUUCAUCUGCUACAGUGACGUUGGUCUGUUCCAACCCCCCCUGUGAGACUCACGAGACGGGGACGACGAACACCGCCACCGUCGCCACGGCAACCAUCGGCGGUGACAACAGAGUGUGCUCCAACCCCCCCUGUGAGACCCACGAGACGGGGACGACGAACACCGCCACCGUCGCCACGGCAACCAUCGGCGGUGACAACAGAGUGUGCUCCAACCCCCCCUGUGAGACCCACGAGACGGGGACGACGAACACCGCCACAGUCGCCACGGCAACCAUCGGCGGUGACAACAGAGUGUGCUCCAACCCCCCCUGUGAGACCCACGAGACGGGGACGACGAACACCGCCACCGUCGCCACGGCAACCAUCGGCGGUGACAACAGAGUGUGCUCCAACCCCCCCUGUGAGACCCACGAGACGGGGACGACGAACACCGCCACCGUCGCCACGGCAACCAUCGGCGGUGACAACAGAGUGUGCUCCAACCCCCCCUGUGAGACCCACGAGACGGGGACGACGAACACCGCCACCGUCGCCACGGCAACCAUCGGCGGUGACAACAGAGUGUGCUCCAACCCCCCCUGUGAGACCCACGAGACGGGGACGACGAACACCGCCACUGUCGCCACGGCAACCAUCGGCGGUGACAACAGUGUGUGCUCCAAUCCCCCCUGUGAGACCCACGACACCGGCACCACCAACACUGCCACCGUCGCCACAGCAACCAUCGGCGGUGACAACAGAGUGUGCUCCAACCCCCCCUGUGAGACCAACGAGACGGGGACGAUGAACACCGCCACCGUCGCCACGGCAACCAUCGGCGGUAACAACAGAGUGUGCUCCAACCCACCCGGUCAGACUCAGGACACCGGCACCACCAACACCGCCACCGUCGCCACGGCAACCAUCGGGCGUGACAACAGAGUGUGCUCCAACCCGCCCUGUGAGACCCACGAGACGGGGACGACGAACACCGCCACCGUCGCCACAGCAACCAUCGGCGGUGACAACAGUGUGCGCUCCAACCCACCUGGUCCGACUCACGAAACGGGGGCGACGAACAGUGCCACCGUCGCCAGGGCAAACAUCGGCGGUGACAACAGUGUGUGCUCCAACCCCCCCUGUGAGACCCACGAGACGGGAACGACGAACACCGCCACCGUCGCCACGGCAACCAUCGGCGGUGACAACAGAGUGUGCUCCAACCCACCUGGUCAGACUCAAGACACCGGCACCACCAACACUGCCACCGUCGCCACGGCAAACAUCGGCAGUGACAACAGAGUGUGCUCCAACCCGCCUGGUCAGACUCACGAAAUGGGGACGACGAACAGCGCCACCGUCGCCACGGCAACCAUCGGCCGUGACAACAGAGUGUGCUCCAACCCGCCCGGUCAGACUCAGGACACCGGCACCACCAACACCGCCACCGUCGCCACGUCAACCAUCGACUGUGACAACAGAGUGUGUUCCAACCCGCCGGGUCAGACUCACGACACCGGCACCACCAACACCGCCACCGUAGCCACGGCAACCAUCGGUGGUGACAACAGUGUGUGCUCCAACCCCCCCUGUGAGACCCACGAGACGGGGACGACGAACACCGCCACCGUCGCCACGGCAACCAUCGGCGGUGACAACAGAGUGUGCUCCAACCCACCUGGUCAGACUCAAGACACCGGCACCACCAACACUGCCACCGUCGCCACGGCAAACAUCGGCAGUGACAACAGAGUGUGCUCCAACCCGCCUGGUCAGACUCACGAAAUGGGGACGACGAACAGCGCCACCGUCGCCACGGCAACCAUCGGCCGUGACAACAGAGUGUGCUCCAACCCGCCCGGUCAGACUCAGGACACCGGCACCACCAACACCGCCACCGUCGCCAUGGCAAACAUCGGCAGUGACAACAGAGUGUGCUCCAACCCGCCUGGUCAGACUCACGAAACGGGGACGACGAACAGCGCCACCGUCGCCAGGGCAACCAUCGGCCGUGACAACAGAGUGUGCUCCAACCCGCCCGGUCAGACUCAGGACACCGGCACCACCAACACCGCCACCGUCGCCAUGGCAAACAUCGGCAGUGACAACAGAGUGUGCUCCAACCCGCCUGGUCAGACUCACGAAACGGGGACGACGAACAGCGCCACCGUCGCCAGGGCAACCAUCGGCGGUGACAACAGUGUGUGUUCCAACCCGCCGGGUCAGACUCACGACACCGGCACCACCAACACCGCCACCGUAGCCACGGCAACCAUCGGUGGUGACAACAGAGUGUGCUCCAACCCACCUGGUCAGACUCAAGACACCGGCACCACCAACACCGCCACCGUCGCCACGGCAAACAUCGGCAGUGACAACAGAGUGUGCUCCAACCCGCCUGGUCAGACUCACGAAAUGGGGACGACGAACAGCGCCACCGUCGCCACGGCAACCAUCGGCCGUGACAACAGAGUGUGCUCCAACCCGCCCGGUCAGACUCAGGACACCGGCACCACCAACACCGCCACCGUCGCCAUGGCAAACAUCGGCAGUGACAACAGAGUGUGCUCCAACCCGCCCUGUGAGACCCACGAGACGGGGACGACGAACACCGCCACCGUCGCCACGGCAACCAUCGGCGGUGAAACCAGUGUGCGCUCCAACUCACCCGGUCAGACUCACGACACCAGUACCACCAACACCGCCACCGUCGCCUCUGCCAGCAUGAGUCGAGAGAUGCAGGUGAGUCCUAACCAGCCCUCAGCUCAGCAGUCUGCUCCUCCACUUGCUGUCAGUCUGAACGGAGGAAACACCUGCUCAAAUCCACCAUGUGAGACUCACGAGACAGGAACCACCAACACCGCUACCACAGCAGGAGCUGGAGGACUCAGGCAGGUGUGUUCAAAUCCACCAUGUGAGACACAUGAGACCGGCACUACAAACACAGCUACCACAGCUACAGCUCAGCAGGGUGAAGACGGUCUAAAGGUAGACUCCACAGACCCUGCCUCCUCCUCUGACCCUGCCUCCUCCACCACAGCCAAUCAGAGCAGAGCCGUUACCACCGUUACACAGGCAACGCCCACACCUGGACCAUCGAUACCUGAGAUCUCCUCAUUGGUCGGAGAGGACAGGGCAGAGUCCUCGGAGGCAGAGGCUGUCGCCAUGGUGACAGCAGCUGCAGAGGAGGUGGAGGAGCCUAUGCAGACAGACAGCCAAUCAGAGGCUGUGAUGUCAUCAGCAGCAUCGGUGUUGCAGGUUCAUCUGGAGGGCGCCGAGGCAACAGCACAGAUGGCGAGCUCGGACGGGGGUCUUCCUCAGGAGCUGAUGUUAUCAGAAAGGGACGGAGGUGAGGUGGUCUCUGGGACAACGACCCUAAUGAUGACAACAGGACUGACCCCUGACCAGCUGGCUGUUACCACGGUAACAGAGGAUGCAGCUCAGCAGGCGACAAUACAGGCGGUACUGCAUGCAGGACACAUGGGUGAAGCAGAGGGGUCAGUGGAUCAGUCCAUCCCCAUUGUUCUGACCCAGCAGGAACUGGCAGCUCUGGUCCAGCAGCAGCUGCAGGAUGUCCACAACCAACCAGGACCAAAACCAGCAGAACCAGAACCACAGCACAGCAACAUGCCCACAGAGGGCCUUGCUCCAGCAGACAGCCUCAAUGACCCAACAGCAGAGAGUAAUGGGCACGAGCUGACAUCAUCAGCAGUAACGAGCGCCGUCGCCCGAUUGGCCAGCACGUUCAGCCCUGCCCCUCCUCUGACGGCGUGUCCGACUAGGAUCCAUGCUUCUGCCACGGUCACCGAGGCAACCAAUGGCCUCGCAGCGACUACCGGGCGGGGCGUCCAGGUGAAGUCUUCGGUGAGGGACAGUCAGUGGUGCAACGUUGGCGUCGUCAAGGUUACGAACAUGGUGGUCUCUCACUUCUACGUCCCCUGUGACAACAACAUGGCCGACGACGACUCGGGUGUGAUGCCUGACUACAGUCAGAUGAGGAAGGUGGAGCUGCAGCCAGGGACGGCCUAUAAGUUUCGUGUUGCAGGGAUCAAUAUCUGUGGCCGUGGAGCGUUCUCAGAGGUGUCGGCGUUUAAAACGUGUCUGCCAGGUUUCCCGGGCGCGCCCUGCGCCAUCAAGAUCAGCAAGCAGGACACCUGAACACUUCAGAUGGAAACAGUUCACUCCCAGACACAAACAUCUAAAACCUGCAAUUGUGCGAAGAUGGACACCGUUUAAAGACACGAGGCUCAGCGGCACCAAAUACCUGCUCACAUCAGCAGGAGACGGAACAGGAAAGUGGGGUCUCAUGGUCCAGGUUCUGACACUGGAACCGAUCACCCAUAAGCCUCCAUAGUUUUUGUGGAACUGAAAUUUAUAACCACAUGCACCAGUGCUCCAUGUGUCCUUUCUUUGUUCAUUCAGCUAAGUAUUCAUUUACUUGGGAGGCCCAAGUGUUGAGAGCAGCAACUCAGCGUGUGGACACAUGUAGUUAGUGGCUUCAAACACAGACACACCUGCAGCGUUCUCAGGCAAAGCUAAACAAGGCGUCACCAUCAGUGCCCGAUCAUUUAAAGGGUCAUUCCGCUUCAUUUCGACCUGGUCUAUUUCCCGUAAAAUGGCUGCUGUGGCUCUAUGGGUCACGGUAACGUCGAAGCGAUUCGGGGAAGCGAGUCCGACCCAAAGGAAACAGAGACAGUAGCUGCCUGGAACAGACUUGGUGCUAACUUAUCGGGAUCUACUUCCAGGGCAGGUCGCAGCUGACCUGAUCACCCUGCAUAUUCAUCCGCACAAGCCUACAUGUGUGAGGCCCACUUUCACUGCUGUUACACUGUCUUCUGAGGAAAGUCUGGAAUCAUCCUUCAACAGGGGGCAAAGCGAAAAUAGCUGAACGACUGGACGAGCGAAUGGGGUUCAGCACCAACACCUGCACUGCUCAUCAGUAUUCAGGUUCCACUUCAGGACUGGUCCUCGGUACCAUCCCCUCACACGGCUUUUUGAAACCUGAGUUAUGCCCUGACAGCUGUAGCCUGAAGAGAGGUUUUAUGGGAAAUGAAGUUCAGAAAUGUGCAGUUCCAUUGGAGCCUUUUGG